UGAAUAAUGUUUGUCUACUUUGCAUUUGAAAACUGAUCUGUUGGUUGGGUACAGUGUUGUAGUGAGUGAUUGGAAACUGAAGAAAAGCCAAGAACAAAUCUGUGAGAGUAUGAGUACUUAUGAUGAAGCCACAGCCUUCCUGGGUAACUGGGGCCGUUUCCAGCAGAUUAUUUUCUUUCUACUUUGCUUCAGUGCCACCCCUAAUGGAGCUAGAGUUAUGUUCCUCGUCUUUGCCACUGCAGUUCCCAGACACCACUGCCUGAUUCCUGAAGUCAACCUGACUGAAGACUGGCUCAAUGCUGUAAUCCCUAAAAAGGUGGUGAAUGGAGAAGAGGAGCUGAGCAGAUGCAGCAGAUACAGGCUGGAUGUGGUCAGAAACCUGUCUGCUCAGGGAUACGUUCCUGGCAGAGACGUCAACCUCACUGAUCUAGAACAGGAGAGCUGUGUGGACGGAUGGAGCUACAGCACAGACAUCUACCAGUCCACUGUGGUCUCUGAGUUUGAUCUGGUGUGUGGUGAACAGUGGAAGCAGCCAUUCACUUCUGCACUUUACUUCACUGGAAUUCUUAUUGCAUCCUUCUGCUGUGGACAGCUCUCAGACAGAUUUGGAAGGAAGCCUGUUUUCUUUGUAUCCAUGGCUCUUCAGCCAAUCAUCACCCUUUUUCAGUUCUUUUCCCCCUCAUGGACAGUGUUCAUCAUCCUCAUGUUUUUCAAUUGUUUUGGAGAGAUUGGCAACUACACUGCAGCUUUUGUGUUAGGAACUGAAGUCUUCAGUGGCAACGUUCGAACUUUAUUCUCAACACUGGGCCUUUGUAUGGGUUUUGCAAUUGGCUACAUGGUACUAUCCCUUGUUGCUUACUUUUUGAGGGAUUGGAGAUAUCUGCUGUUGGUUAUCGCACUGCAUGGGAUGCUCUACAUCAUCCUCUGGUGGUUGAUCCCAGAGUCCCCCCGAUGGCUGCUUUCUCAGGGAAGAGUGGAGGAAGCUGAGGCCAUAGUGAGGAAGGCUGCUCACAAGAACAAAGUGGAGGCUCCACAGAUUAUCUUUGAAGAUUACAUUGAUGAUGAUGACAAGAGUCAAAAACAAAAACACCACACUGUCUGUGAUCUCAUUCGAACCAGAAAAAUCCGAUUCACAACAUUCAUUCUCUGUCUUGCUUGGUUUGUCUCAGUUGCUGGUUAUUAUGGUCUGACUCUGAACACAUCAAAACUUGCUGCUGACCCAUACCUCAGUGCUUUCAUCUCAGGUGCUGUAGAGAUACCAGCGUAUAUCUGUAGCUGGCUUUCUUUGCAGUUCCUUCCACGGCGACUGUGUACCACUUGUACAUUGUUCCUGGGGGGAGUGGCGCUGUACCUCAUUCAGGCAAUCCCUAAAUCUUUACCAGCAUUGUCUGUUGCACUGGAGAUGCUGGGUAAAUUUGGAUUUACUGCCAAUUUUUCCAUGAUGUAUGCCUACACAACAGAGCUUAACCCAACUGUGCUCAGGAACACAGCAAUAGGAACAUGCUCUACAUUUUCCAGAGUGGGAAGUAUCAUUGCACCUUUUUUGCUCCAGCUGAGUGCAUACUUUAAGUACCUGCCCUACAUUAUACUGGGCACCCUGGCUGUCAUGUCAGCCAUUCUGAUCCAGUUCCUUUCAGAGACUUUUGGACAACCAUUACCUGAAACUAUUCAAGAAAUGCACAAGUGGGAAAGGAUGAAGUGUCCAUGCAUCACUCAGAAAGAAGCACCAACUCCAGUGGUUCUUCUGGAAAAUAAGAUGUGAUUCUUUAAACCAACUUUAUGAUUGCACCCAGACAUCUAUACAGGAAUGUUUUCUGACUGUAAGUCCUUAUCACUCUUAAAAACACAAUACCAUGGUCAGCUUCAUAGAAAACCCAAAAAUCUGCCACCCACGGUUACUUUGAAUGAACAUAAAGUUUUUGAUAGGUUGUAUUGUUUUGGUCAAACGUCAAUGUUGGUGUGACCUCACAAAACAUGUUUUUGGCCAUAACUAAAGAAAGUACACUGAUGAUGAAAAUUUCAUGCACAUUUAAAGGAAUACAUUAAUGAAAGGAUGGGGUUUUUUUUUCAUAUCCAAAAGGUUACGGGCCAACUUCUACAUGACAUCGUAAUGUCCUGUAAAAACUUUUGCCCAUCCCUCAAUACUGUACUCCUCUGUAAAAACAGUUUCAUAAUGCCAACAGUAUUUUUCCCACACUAUUCUUAUACUCGACAUAAUAAUGACAUCAUGUGUUUUUUUUAAUGUCAUUAUUUGCCAUAGGUUGGAGGUAUAUUUACAAUGUUGGUGAAAGAUUGAGAAAGACCAAUGACUUAUUUACAGUAUUAGUUGUAUUUAAGCUUUGUAUGUUAAAUGGGCAAGUU